AGUUAUCCAGCAGACGAGGAGGAAGGAGGUGAACCCAGCAGCUCACCAGAUCAGAAGGUUCAAUAUAGUCCAGCUAAUAAACACAUUUGGAUACUACCACAGGACAAAAUACCUGACUGAAGAAAGAAACAAUGAUGAAGACCAUGAUGAAGAUCAAACUGCUCUUACUGAUUCUGGCUGGAUCACUAAACAGCCUGCCGAUCCAGAUAGAGUUGAUGUCUUUUUCUGAGGGCAGUGGAGAUGACAACACAACCAUCAACAUCACUCUUAUAAAGAGGGAGGCCUCAGGGGUCACCCCGUGGGGAGGAGGAGCGGGGGAAGGAGGCGACAGAGCGGAGGAGCCAGAUGGAGGCUCUGCCUUGAUUGGCCCAGACAGCCUCACCUUUGAAGAGCUGAUGGGAUUCCCGCCCACCACAAUUUCUCCACCAAUCGGAACACGGGACAGUGGCUCCUCCUACAUGUCUGCUUACGUAAGGAGGGGGCGGAGUCUCAAGGUUGAAGACAUCACCAGCGAUGACGUUAAGAACGAUGACAUCAGAGAGGACAAUCUGGCUGCGUCCAAUAGCAACCUUCCUGGUUAUGGCAGUGCUCCGAUGCAAGACUUUGCGGAGUUUGAGUUUGAUGAUUAUGGGAUGCAGGGUGACGCGCCUGCCAGCCAAUCCCAGUCAAGUGAUUCAAGCGACUCUAGUGAUUCCAGCGACUCAAGCAGUUCUAGUGAUUCAAGUGAAUCUAGCGAUUCCAGCGACUCCAGCAGUUCUAGUGAUUCAAGUGACUCAAGUGAUUCCAGUGACUCAAGCAGUUCUAGUGAUUCAAGUGACUCCAGCGAUUCUAGUGACUCAAGUAGUUCUAGUGAUUCAAGUGAUUCAAGCGAUUCCAGUGACUCAAGCAGUUCAAGUGAUUCUAGCGACUCAAGCGAUUCUAGCGACUCAAGCAGUUCUAGUGAUUCAAGCGACUCAAGCAGUUCUAGUGAUUCAAGUGACUCAAGCGAUUCAAGUGAUUCUAGUGACUCAAGCGAUUCUAGCAACUCAAGUGAUUCUAGCGACUCUAGCGAUUCAAGUGAUUCCAGCAACUCUAGCGAUUCAAGUGAUUGUAGCGACUCAAGUGAUUCUAGCGACUCAAGUGAUUCAAGUGAUUCUUGUGAACCUAAAAGUAAAUCCACUGAGUCGACCUCCAAAGACAUAUCAAGUGACUCUAGUAGCAGCUAGACAUACAGGCUGAUAGAGAGAAAGGCAAGCGAACAGGCAGGCAGCAGACAGACAGACAGACAGAGACAGACAGACAGAAACAGCCAGACAGAGACAGACAGAAACAGACAGACAGACAGCCUAAUGGUGAGGUAAUCUAACCAGCAACCAGAAACUGGCCUUGAGCAAGACAGUUAACGUCUAAGGAAAAAAUAAUGCUAAAUGAAAAAAAUAAAAGUUAUGUCUCACCAGCUUGUAGGACUGCAAUGAUUUUUUUUUUUACAGAUAUUAGAUAUGAGCUUUGCUAUGUUUCUAAGAUCACACUUUGUAAUGAAUGUUGACUAGUAAAUAAAGUGUUAACCCUGAAAACCUGGACUGAUUGACUGACUGAGAACACUGUUGGUUUAUAUAAUCAAACACUUAAAUGUAUGUGACAAACA